CCCUCACUUGGCUCUCUUCUUUCAGAAUUCAGACGUCCUUUCUCUCCCAUGCUUCGCUCUUCCAAACUCCAAACAUUUUCUUACCAUUUUCUCAUCAACCAAACACUCCCCAUGCCACUUUUCUAGCUCUCUUCUCCACUAGUCUCAACCCAUGUCAACCAUCUCCGACCAUUCCUCCACCAACUUUGUUCUGCAUGAACUGAACAAGACCACUCCUUUUCUGGGUUUACAACUUUACAUCGUUAUUUGUGUUUUUCUCUUCAUCUUCGUCUUUCUGGUGCUUCUGAUCUUCCUCUGCAUUCGCCGGGAUCGAAGCUCCACCAAACCCAGUACGCUAGCCAGCCAAAGCUCCGGCGUGAUUCCGUUGGUGUCGAAGGAGAUCGUGGAGGUCGAAGCCUUGGAUCUUCUUGGUAUUGAAGAAGAGAAAAAGCUCAAGCCAGGUCGUGAUCUAAGGAGGAAGCAGGCGGAAGACGAGGAGAUCAAUGUUGGAUUUCGGAGAGGGAAACAGAGGAACGAUGAGACUGAUGCCGUGGACGGCCUGAAGAUGGGGUGGGGCCGUUGGUACAGCUUAGAGGAGCUUAACCUUGCGACACGUGGAUUUUCCGACGAGAAUGUGAUCGGAGAAGGAGGCUAUGGAAUUGUGUACAGAGGAGUUCUACAAGAUGGCUCUGUUGUUGCUGUGAAGAAACUUCUAAACAACAAGGGUCAAGCUGAGAAGGAGUUUAAGGUGGAGGUUGAAGCUAUUGGAAAAGUAAAGCAUAAGAAUUUGGUGGGUUUAAUAGGAUAUUGUGCAGAAGGUGCUCAAAGGAUUCUUGUUUAUGAAUAUGUUGAGAAUGGAACCUUGGAGCAGUGGUUGCAUGGUGAGGUAGGGCCUACCAGCCCAUUAACAUGGGAUAUACGUAUGAGGAUCGCCAUAGGGACGGCAAAAGGGCUUGCCUAUUUGCAUGAGGGGUUAGAACCCAAAGUUGUGCACCGAGAUGUGAAAUCUAGUAACAUUCUUCUGGAUAAAAGAUGGAAUGCCAAGGUAUCAGACUUUGGACUGGCCAAACUCUUGGGAUCCGAGAAAAGCUACGUGUCUACACGCGUAAUGGGGACAUUUGGAUAUGUUUCGCCCGAGUAUGCGAGCACGGGUAUGCUUAAUGAAGGUAAUGAUGUGUAUAGUUUUGGAGUUCUGCUGAUGGAGAUAAUCACCGGAAGAAGUCCCAUUGAUUAUUCUAGAUCGCCAGCUGAGAUGAACUUGGUCGACUGGUUCAAGGGAAUGGUGGCGAGUCGUCGUGGCGAUGAGCUAGUAGAUCCUUCGAUUGAGAUUAAGCCCCCUCCGAGAUCACUGAAGCGAGCUUUGCUGGUUUGUCUGCGCUGCAUAGAUAUGGAUGUCUGUAAGCGGCCAAAGAUGAGUCAAAUAGUUCAUAUGCUUGAGGCAGAUGAUUUUCCCUUCCGUUCUGAACUUCGGACUGCUAGGGAGAGAGAUCCUAUGGCUUCUCAUGCAGGUGUUUGCAGCAAAAUUUCAUAUCCACUAAAGCAUGGAGUGGAAGCGGUUGAGAGAUCAAGAUGGCGAUGAUUGCUGCUUGUAAUAUUUGCUGAUAUUAUGCAGAUUCUGAACAUCUAAAUUUCAUAGCUUGCUUUAGAACUUUUAACACCAUUUUGUGUUUGCUUUUGUAUGGCCAUCAUCAUGUGAAGAUUUACUAGGUUCUGUAAAAAAUGUAAUGUACCUUCCAUGUCAUAUAACUUGGAUCUCCCCCUAAAAUGAUUUCAGAUAAAUUGAUGAGAGAGAUAAGCAUAUAAUAGUGGGCCAUUUUUUUGUUUGAUGUUAUCAUUCAGCUAAUCCGGUUUAGGUUCGUGGCUUUUCCUCCCGA